AUGUCCCCUCAGAUAGAUGGCGCUUCUGGCCAGGUUCCUCUAUCCACCAGUAGUUCUUCCAGCAGACCAGAGGCUCUGAGUCAGGCUGCUGCCCUAAGUGGCGGUAUAGUAUGUUCCAAUCGAGUUUCCGAAAAAAUCCGGCAACUCGUAAAUACUUUAAAACGACCAAAGCGCAGACCACUUCCAGAGUACUAUCUGGACGAGGAUGACCAAGUCCUGGUACAACCGAUACUUGAUCCGACCGCUCCGCGUCCCAGAGGCACAGUCACUGAACCUUUGAUAGGAGAAGAACUAGUCGUAAGUCCUUUCAAAUUAGCAUAUUUUAUUGUAAAUCUCAGUCGAUAG